AGCAACUAAUGGAAAGUCUCGACAUCAUCCUUCUCGGAACCAUUGGCCUAGGCACAAUAGCCUGGUUUGCCAGGCACCAGAUCGCCAACACAUUCAAAAGCUCAAAAGAUACUGUCAUUGACGAUUCAGAAUCAUCAGAAAAGCCUACACCAAAAGCUGAGCGCAACUUUGUAAAAAUUAUGAAAGAGCAGGGUCGCCAAGUAAUCAUCUUUUAUGGCUCUCAAACAGGUACAGCCGAAGACUAUGCUGCUCGCCUGGCCAAAGAAUCAUCUCAGAAAUACAAUGUCAGCUGUAUGACUGCAGACCUGGAACUCUAUGACUUGUCUUACCUCGAUACUUUGCCAAAAGAAUGUCUGGCCAUCUUUGUCUUGGCAACCUAUGGAGAGGGAGAGCCGACCGACAAUGCUGUCGAAUUCUGGGAUAUGUUGAAUGACGAAUCAGUCGAGUUUUCCCAAUCUGAAUCCCAAUCCGAAUCCGACUCUGGAUCUCCUCUAUCAAACCUGCGCUUUAUUGUUUUUGGCCUCGGCAACAAGACCUACGAACACUACAACUCCGUCUGUCGCACUGUCGACAAGCGUCUGGAGCAAUUGGGAGGCACACGGGUCUGUGAACGCGGUGAAGGUGAUGAUGAUAGCUCGUUAGAGGAUGAUUUCCUGGCCUGGCAAGAAACUCUCUGGCCCGCAUUCUGUGAAGCCAUGGGCGUCGACGAGAAUCCAACCUCGUCGGGUCCCAGACAGCCUACUUACAAAGUCGAUGAGUUGGACUCCUUUGAGAAUGAUCUGGUCUACAUGGGUGAAAUUAGUGAACGGCCCAAGGAUAGUACCAGUGCAAUAGUAUAUGAUGCAAAACGUCCUUUUGCUGCCACAGUAACCUCGCGUGAGUUAUUCUUUGUCAAGGACCGACACUGUUUGCACAUGGAGAUCGACUUGGGUGACUCCAACCUGUCCUACCAGACAGGUGACCAUAUCGCAAUCUGGCCUACCAACAACGAAGUCCAGGUCAAGCGCCUGGCUAGUAUCUUGGGCCUGCAAGACAAGCUCGAUCGUGUGGUGAACGUCAGUUCGGUCGAUGCAGCUGCAUCCAAGCAACAUCCUUUCCCUGUACCAACAACCUACCGCACAAUCUUUAGACAUUACCUCGACAUCUGCGCAAUCCCCUCUCGCCAGACCCUCAUGUCCUUAGUAGAUUUUGCACCCAACGAUGCCUCAAGGGCCUUUUUGCAGACCCUCGCUACUGACAAGGAAGCUUACAAGUCUCAGGUAUCCGAGCCAGUCCGCAACCUUGGCGAAGUGCUUGAGCUGGUUGCCAGAGCCGGAAAGCUGGAUCAGGACCAGGACCAGGAUCGAAAGACAAAUACUGAGGCUAACGGUAACCAUAGCACCAAAGGAGCAUUCGAGGCCGUGCCUUUUGACCUUGUGGUCGAGAGCAUCUCUCGUCUCCAACCUCGUUAUUAUUCAAUCUCGUCUUCAUCAAAGGAAUCCCCCCGUUCCAUUUCGGUCACCGUGGUCAUGCUGGACUACAAGCCCCAAAAGUCCAAUAACGAGCGGACAGUGUACGGUGUGGCGACAAACUAUCUCUGGAGUAUUCAUGCAGCCGUGCAUGAACUUGAGAAACCCGUGGGCUAUCCUGACUAUGUUGUGGCCGGUCCCCGUGGGUCUUACAUGAAUGAUGACAAGUCAGUGGUUAAAGUGCCAGUUCAUGUGCGUCGUUCUCAGUUUAAGCUUCCUCGCAACCCUACCGUGCCAGUCAUCAUGGUCGGGCCUGGUACUGGUGUAGCGCCAUUCCGUGCAUUUGUGCGCGAACGAGCAGCCCAGAAGCUCGACAAGAAGCCUGUCGGUCCCACCGUCCUGUUCUUUGGCUGCCGUCACUCGCAGCAGGACUACCUUUAUGCUGACGAAUGGCCUGGAUUGUUUGAGACCCUGGGCGAGGAUUCCCGUAUCAUCACCGCAUUCUCGCGCGAACACGCCGAAAAGGUCUAUGUCCAGCAUCGUCUAGAGCAGGAAGGUGAAGAGAUGUGGGGAUUACUGGAAAGAGGUGCGUAUGUAUAUGUGUGUGGCGAUGCAAAGUCAAUGGCAAAGGAUGUCCAGCACACCUUUACUGUCAUUGCCCAGCAAUAUGGUAACAAGACCGAAGAAAAGGCAGCCGAAUUUAUCAAGAGUCUGAGAAGCACUGGUCGAUACCAAGAAGAUGUGUGGUAAAAAAAAAAAGAGGUAUAUAUGUAUAUCUAUAUAUCUAUAUAUAUAUAUAGGUGUAUGUAUGUGUGUAUAGAAAGAAAGGACAAGAACAACAACAAAAACCAAAGACUACACUACACUGCACUACUUUUACAUUACCUUACACUGCACUUUACUUCACUGCACUAAAAAUACACUACACUACAAUACAAUACAAUACAUUACACUACACUACACUACUUUAUACUACUACUUUAUACUACUUUAUAUUAUAUUAUUUUUUCCUGUUAUCUUUUUCUUUCUUCUUUGUUUCUUCUUUUUACUCCCUCACAUUCCACUUCUUUGACAUUCCAACAACAACAU